AUGGGCUUCUUCUCAUCCUCCCGCACUGCUCGGUCUCCGCAGUCCUACGAUCUCGUUGCUACCACCCCUCCCACAGACGAAGAGGACUCUUUCGAGCGUGACGAAACAGAUUUCCAUGCCGCAACUGAGGCAAGACCGGCGGAUUUCGAGUUGAGAGGCGAUCCCCAUCUAUCGGACCGAUUCCGUUCGCAGAGCAAGUCCGCAUGGAGCCGCCGACUGGCUGCGAUCUCAGCACGUUUUGCAUCGAGUGACGAGAAGCUCGAGGAUGUCUUGCCACUGUCAUCAGGCUCUCCACAGACAAAAAGUCCAUAUAGGCGGUUUAAGAAACUCAGAAUCGCCCAUUGCUUGUUGUUCCCCAUUGCGGGGUUCUUUAUUAUGCUAGGUAUCAUCCAAUUCAUAUCCAUUGCCUGUGGCGUCGUUCUCUCGUUUUUCCCGGAUGAAUUCGACAGAGCGACCGAACGUUGGCGGCAUUUCCCCGAUCAGGACCUGUCCGCAGACAUCUCGCAUUGGCCGACCGAUCUCUCGCGGGACAUCGCUCCGAUCGCAUGCCACUCGCAUAAUGACUACUGGCGACGCGUUCCUCUGUUCUCCGCCCUCCAAGCGGGCUGCAUCGGCGUGGAGGCCGAUGUCUGGCUCGUCGAGGACGAGCUCUACGUCGGGCAUACCAUCUCGUCCCUCACUGCCGAGCGCACGCUCACAACCAUGUAUAUCGACCCUCUCCGAAAGAUCCUCGAAAGGCAGAAUCCCAUCACCAAGUUUCAUCCCGCGGUCGACCAGCCCGCACACGGCGUGUUUGACACCGACCCGGCGCAGACGCUGAUUCUGCUCAUCGAUUUCAAAACCGACGGCGAGCAGACAUGGCAGCACGUCACCGCGCAGCUGUCGCCGCUUCGCGAGCGCGGCUACCUCACCUACUUCAACGGCACCGGCAUCGUCAACGGGCCCAUCACCGUCGUCGGAACGGGAAACACCCCCUUCAACCUGGUCACGGCGAACUCGACCUACCGUGACAUCUUCUUCGACGCGCCACUGAACCUCCUGGCGGAGGAGGAGUACCGCAGUCCCGAGGCUGAUGCUGAUAGCGACAGCAAUGGCGACGGAGAUCGUGCGACCCCGCCCAACGCAACAGCCAAGCAACCCGCCAGCAACGCCGGCCAAGGCUUGUCGGGCAUCUCGGCCGGCGACAUUGGCCCCGACACCUUCAACUGGACCAACAGCCUCUACGCCUCCGUCUCCUUCAAGAAAUCCAUCGGCUUCCCCUGGCGCUUCCACCUGACCAGCGAGCAGCUGGCGCAGAUCCGGGCGCAGAUCCGCGGCGCGCACCGCCGCGGUCUCAAAGUCCGCUACUGGGGCCUACCCAGCUGGCCGCGGAGUCUGAGGAACCACCUCUGGAGCGUCCUGGUGCGCGAGGGCGUCGAUAUCCUCAACGUGGAUGACUUGCAGAGCGCCACAAAGCAAGACUGGAAGCCGAGGGUCUUUGAUUGGUGA